AUGGAUGCUGAAGAUAAUGAGUUUGCCAAGCGCCUUAAAGAGCUCGAGGAGAAGGUGUUACAUUCUUGGGUCGCAAAGCUGGAGACAAAGGAGAAUGAAGAAAGACAACCAGAGGAUAUCCCCGUGUUCCAAGAAUUGAUCGAUAUACUCGAAACAGCUGCAAAGGAGGAAUUGUGGACAAUGGAGCAAAUUGAGAACAUUCGAGACUUGAUUGAGGAGAAAUUCGGGAAUCUGACGGAAUGA